AUGCUCCGUACUGCAGAUCAACCAGGCCUACCCCGUAAGGAUGAACGUCAACCCGCUCUUGCGUCGCAACUUGCCUGUAUUGUCUUAAACCCACCCAGCAUGUUCUCUCUGGAACACGCACUCAGUGGGGCCACGAUACCGUUCCCAGUUUCAAGGCGUUCUUCGAGUCCUCAUCCCACAGUACCUUCCGAAAGCCUUCCUUAACCGCUAUAUCACGCCUAUCCACCUUCCUCACAAAAGCAGUACUGCCGCUCCGCUCGAAAUUCUGCCUUCCGUUCCAGAUCCAGCAUACCUCUCCACUACCAAUAUUCCCAGCAUUCCCAAUCAGUCACAAGAACCACCCAGCCAAGCUACCAAAAUCGCCUACUCCGCCCUACAACUCCCCCCUACCUAUAACAAC